GACAGCUAAUUUAUCUUGUUAAUCCUCUAGCAACAACCAUGUUCAACAGCUUAGGUGUAGUAAUAAUUAAAACACUAAAGCUGGAUUUGAAUAAUAAAUGUUAUCGAUUUCACACUUUCUCUUUCUAAAACAUCAAAUAAUUUGAGGAAAUAUUUUUCUUUUUUAUUUGAUUCAACUGUCCAAAAUGACUACCUUUUAAAAGCUUUUCCAUUUCAUAAGUAACAUUUAUUGGUAUAGUGCAAAGUGAUAACUACAAAACCACUACACUUCAAUGUAAUCCCUUUGUCUCCUUAAGCAAUAAUACUACUCCCUUCGUUCCAAAAUAAUUAAAUUAUUGGGGUAAGAAAAAUCUUUUAAGAGAUAAAUUUUAUAUAACUUUUUAUUAUUACUCUUUUAAUUAUUCGAGAAAAUGCUCUAUUUCUAUCUUAAACUAUAUGCGAAAAGAUUGAGACACACCCGGACUUUAGGAGGGUUCUAUUACCUCUGGAGUAAUUAAAAUCAUAUUUUUGACAACUUUAGUGUCUACGUGGAACACACGUGUACCUACAUGGACCCUUCAGUGUGUUGUGCAACGUAGGGACUAAGGUUGUCAAAAAUACAAUUUUAAUUAGUCCAGGGGUAAUAGGAUACUCUUAAAAUUCGGGUGUAUCUCGGCCUUUUCGUGUAUAAUUUAAGGUGGAAAUAUAGCAUUAUCUAAAAUUACUCUCCUAAAUAUUUAAGAACUUCAUUAAAUGAAAUGGUAAAAUUUGGAAUGAACAACUAAUUUAUUUUAUAGAUUAAUAAAUAACUCAAUAAUUCAUUUAUUUUGAAAUGGGGAGAGUAGCUCUUAUUUGAUCUACAAGAAAAUUAGAAAAAAAUGGAGAGAUGAAUGUAUAGAGGAAGCACUUGAUAGUUAAGUCACUAUUUUAAGGAGAGGGGGGGACAUUACUAAUGCUGUGAAAUUAUAACCAUGCCAAAUUUUUUUUCCCUUUAUCUUGUUUAUACUUGACAAAAAUAAACCUAACAACAUUACCUAUCAGCAGAAGAAAAAAAUACCUGAUAUGAACAGCAUAUAUAUAGUAAAAUUCCACACAUAAAAAUGUAUGAGCUUGUUUUUGUCAUUUACUGGUUUGUUCAGGGUUACUCUACUUGUGACGUUCACAUUGGUUAUCAGGUAAGUCUUGCUAUACCAACAUCAUAUUGCAGAGGAUUCAUGGGCAGGGCAUUUCUGAUGGAAACUGAAAACCAAAUGGUACCAAAUUUUAGAGCUGCAAUCAGUGUUGAAGCAAAUAAUGAGAAAUACACAUGUUCACUAGAUGUUCUUCUUGGAGAUGUAAAGGUUUGGAGUUCUGGUCAUUUGUCACAGUUCUACACAAUAGACAAAUGUGUACUUCAGUUAACUCAAUAUGGAGACUUACUGUUGACGGGUCAAGACGACAGAGUUGGAUGGAAAGCUGGAACUUCCGGACAAGGUGUUAAGAGACUGCAUUUACUUGGGACAGGUAAUUUGGUCUUAGUUGAUGCUUUGAACUUGAUAAAAUGGCAAAGUUUUAAUUUCCCUACUAAUGUUAUGCUUUGGGGCCAGAGACUAAGCUCAAGAACGCGGUUAACGGCUUUCCGUAGCAACAACUCUAGUUUAUCAUAUUCUUUUGAGAUUCAGUAUGACAAGAUUGCAUUGUACUUGUACUCUGGAAAAUCAAAGUACUCGUACUGGGAAUAUACGCCCGUGGAUUUGGAUGGCCUGAAUAUCACAUAUGUUGAGUUAACUUCUAACGCGCUGGAGAUAUUCAACAACGAAAACCAUAGAAUUGGAAGGAUAAAAUCAGACAAGCUAGAGCCCCUGAGAUUUUUAGCAUUGGAAAAUAUCACAGGGAAUUUGGGAUUCUACUAUUACUCAUCUGACAAAGGAAAGUUUGAAGCUUCAUAUCAAGCAUUAAACACUACUUGUGAUCUUCCUUUGGCAUGUAAACCUUAUGGUAUUUGUACAUUUUCAGAAAAGUGUUCUUGCGUAAGGCUAAUAAAAAGAGGAGAUGGGUUGCUUUCUGAUUGCACUGAAAAUGUAACUGAGGGAUUUUGCGGAAGAAACGAGUCCCAAAUGCUACAACUACAAGGUGUUAUGAGUGUAUUAAGAAGCAAUCCUUAUAAGGUCAAUGUCAGCAAAGAAGUAUGUGCAAAUUUAUGCUUGGAUAACUGCACAUGUGUAGCUGCAUUACAUUUUUCUCUUGAGGAUUCUGAGGAUGAUCACACAAAACCUGGAGAGUGCUAUCUGUAUGGACUAGCAAGAGGAGUAAAACAAAUACAAAGGGAUGGAAGACUGAGUUAUAUGGUCAAGGUGCCAGCGGGAACUGAUCAAGAUCAUGAUAAGCACUCUCAUUGGAAGAAACGGAUUCCAAUUGUGGUAGGCGUGGUUGAUGGAAUUGUGUUGUUACUUGUUUUAGGAGGGAUUGGAUACUAUGUAAUCCGAAAGAGAAGAAAGCCGUGCGCAGAUAGUACUGGUCACAGCAAUUGACAUCGUAUAGCUGAAAUUUUGUUUUCAAGAUAAACAUUUUCUUCAUGGAGAUAGUAGUAAUUGACUGACACUCGUGAAAAAAAGCUAGGAUGAAGCUCGAGAGACACAUACUAAACAUCUAAACAAGAAGCUAAUUUUGAUAACUUUAAAUCCAACGCUAUUUGCAGACUUACGAGCAGAUGGAUGUGAAUUGACAAAAUGCCUGAGAUUGAGCAGAAGUUCCAAGAGGUACAAGGCAUCAGAGGUAUGCAAUCUUUUCCAGAGUUAAAAUGCUGUUACAUCACAAGAUAUUUUUGCAUUCUUAAACUAAUGUGUUGAAUUGAUUGAUGUUUAAGGAUGGAGAGAAACGGCUACAAUAUUCUUGCGCGCAAAAAUUGAGCAAGCUUGAAUUACACAAUGCACAAAAUAUCAUUAGCCAAAUGUCCCUUGUAUCAAUUACACAAGUUGUUUUCUUCAAUUUGUAAACUAGGUUCUUGCAGUUCUCUUUGGAUUUAAGUUUUCAUGCUUCGUCUAAGUUCUUUUUUUUAGCGCAGUGACUAUUUGCUUUAAACAAACAACAAAAUUUGUAUUUUUUAGUGCUAAGCAUUUAGCAUACUAAUUCUUUCCUUAUUUUGUGGCUUUAAA